GUUUACUCGCUGAUCCAGGAGCGGCUGAUGACGCUGGGGUUCGGCCCCGAGCGCGAGCGCUUCCGCCACAGCCUCUUCAUCAUCCUGGUCAACCGCCUGGUGGCGUGCGCGGUGGCGGCGGCCGCGCUGGGCCUUGCGGGCAAGUCGCUGCAGCCGGGGGCGCCGCUGGCGAUCUUCUCCAUCCCCUCGGUGGCAAAUGUGCUGGGGUCGGCCUCCCAGUAUGAGGCGCUCAAGUACGUCAGCUUCCCGCUCCAGGCGCUGGCCAAGUGCGCCAAGACGGUGCCGGUGAUGGCCUGGGGGCUGCUGCUGGGCAGGCGCAAGUACGACGCUAUAGACUACUUCUGUGCUGGCACCGUCACCUUUGGCUGCGCGCUCUUUGUGCUGACCGGCAGCAUCGCGGCGCCGCAGCAGCUGCGCGCGGCCCACGCCGUGGCGGCGCUCUGGCUGGCCUACGGGCUGCUGCUGCUGGGCGCCUUCCUGCUGUUUGACGGCCUCACCUCCACCACCCAGGACCGCCUGUUUGCGCAGUACGAGAUGCACAGCUGCAACCAGCUGCUGUGGGUCAGCGUCUGGUCGGCGGCGGUCAGCUUUGCGCUGCUGGUGGCGGGCCGGCAGCUGGUGCCGGCGCUGGAGUUUGUGGCGCGGCACCCCUCGGCGCUGCUGUACAUCCUGGGGCUGUCGCUGGUGUCCACCGCGGUACAGCUCUUCAUCUUCUACACCAUCCAGCAGUACGGCGCACUCCACUUUGCCCUCAUCAUGACCAUCCGCCAGUUCCUGUCCAUUGUCCUCUCCUGCCUCGUCUUCUCACAUGACCUCUCCGCCAGCCAGUGGCUUGGGACGCUGCUGGUGAUUGGGGGGCUGGUGGCGCGGGGCAUGCACCGCGGCGGCCUCGCCCGUACCACCUCUGCUUUAGGUGCGGUGUGCUGA